AUGACAAUCACAACACCCUUUCACUGUUUGGUCAACCGUCUCGGCCAAAUGGCCUUGAAAGAAGCCUCGGAGCCAUCUCCACAAGCCCACUUCGAGCUAUUGCGAAUGAUCGACCAGCUCAGGUCUGCAGUGGAAACGCCGACAGAAACCGUGUUGCGUCUGAUUUACCAGCCUCCUCAAAAUGCCGCGUUGCGCGUUGUCAUUGAUUUGGGCAUUUUCGCCAUGCUUGUGGAGAAGCGACACAGAGGAACGGGACUAUCAGCCGCUCAGCUGGCAGACUAUACGGGCGCCGAGCAUGAUCUAAUUGUCCGACUUAUGCGCGUUAUGGCUUCUCUUGGGCUGUGCGUCACACCGACCCCCGAGCUCUAUGUUGCCAAUGAGAAGACAGUGGCACUGACUCAGCCGAUUGGGAGAGAUGGAAUCCCAUGCAUAUAUGAUAUUACCUUUCCAACCUUGAGCAAGCUCCCGGAGUACCUGCGCUCCCAUGGCUAUGCCAACCCCCAGGAUUAUGCUCAGUCUCCUAUGCAGUGGGCCGUUGGACAGAGUCAGUUUGAGUGGCUUUCGAGUCGUCCGGAGCAGCAGGAGCUCUUCAACUCGUACAUGGCUGGUCGUCGAGAGGGUAGACCGAUGUGGUACGAUAUAUACCCAGUCGAGCGACUGUUUGGCCAUGCCGUGCCAUGCAAAGACACGGUCUUCCUGGUAGACAUUGGUGGCAAUCAAGGGCAUGAUCUGGGUAAAUUCCGUCGAGAAUAUGGCCAUUUGCCGGGCAGAAUAGUGCUGCAGGAUUUACCAAACGUGGUUGACGGGGUUGAGGGUGAGAGCGUAGGAAUCCAGGUGAUGGGAUACAAUUUCAUGGAUCCUCAACCCGUCAAAGGUGCCCGUGCGUACUACUUUCGUUCCAUCUUCCAUGACUGGGAUGACCACAUCAGUCGGAGGAUUCUCCGAAAUACGAUGUCAGCGAUGGCGCCGGACUAUUCUCGAAUUCUCAUUGUUGAUUUCGUCCUGCCAGACACCGAUACGCCCCUGAUGCAGGCUUCGCUUGAUAUCCAGAUGAUGAGUAUUGGAGCCGGUGUCGAACGGUCGGAACGACAGUGGAGAGAUCUCUUGCAUAGCGCCGGGCUGGAGAUCACAGGGAUUUGGAAUCAGAGCCCGGCGAUGGAGUCGGUGAUUGAAGCAGUUCCAAUGUUGAAAUAG